CAAACCAAAUCUUACACCGCACACACUAUUUGUGACACAUUGUUGUGGCACAUGUUUGCGGUCGAACAAACGCCAACCGAGUCCAGAUGAACGGCCAAUAACAACAUGUGGAACGAACUCAGGCGAAUCGUCAUCCUGUUGGUGUGUCUGGACGCGGUCAAAGUGUUCUGUUUGAAACCGAUCAAACACUCCCCUCAUUUGGAUCCGCACUGGGACGAUUACAAGAACCGACACAACAAGACGUAUUCGAAAGCGCGAGAAGUCCACCACAGGUUGGCGUGGGAAGAGAACUUCCAUCACAUCAACAAGCACAACGAAGAGGCCAAAGACGGACUGCACAAUUUCACCUUGCACCUGAACCACCUGUCCGACAUGUCUGCCAAACUGUACAACACUAAAUUCACUAGACUUUCCUUGAGCAGGAUCCACGCCAAGACAACAGAAAUAGCGCAACUCCACCAACACCACAAUAUCACCCGUGUUCCAGACGAGGUGGACUGGAGGGAAAAAGGAUUUAACACACCCGGGUGGAAUCAAUUGGAUUGCGGGGCCUGCUAUGCCUUCAGCAUCGCCAGUAUGUUAGAGGGUCAACUCUUCAAAGCCACCGGACAGCUGCACACGUUAAGUUCGCAACAAAUUAUCGAUUGCUCGAUCGCUUACGGGAACCUCGGAUGUUCCGGUGGAUCUUUAAGGAAUACUUUGGACUACAUCAAAAGAGCCGGAGGUAUCAUGCAGGGAUCCGAGUACACUUACAAAGCAAAGGAAACCCUAUGUCGUUUCAGAGAACACCGAGCAGUGGCCAAGGUGUCGUCUUGGGCGAUCUUGCCCCCGCUGGACGAACGCGCUUUACAGAUGGCCGUGGCCUUCGUAGGACCCGUCAGCGUGUCCGUCAACGCCAGCCCGAAAACGUUUCAACUAUACUCGUCUGGCGUUUACGACGACCCGCUGUGUUCGCCGGCUCACGUUAACCACGCCAUGCUGUUGAUUGGCUACACGAAGAAAGCGUGGAUCCUGAAGAACUGGUGGAGCAACCAGUGGGGCGACAACGGUUACAUGUACAUGGCUCGCGGCAGGAACCAGUGCGCCAUCGCCAGCUACGCCGCCUAUGCCACCAUAGCAGUGCCGAAACAUUGACACUUUUCA